UUUCCAACCGGCUUCAAGUGAAACACGUUGCUGGGGGGAAAAAAAAACAAGUUUUACUCCCAAAUAUUUGUUUCUAAUCAGCUGCUACACUUAAUUUUCACCGAAGGCGGGUUAGGGGAGCCGAAGAGGGCUCCGCAGGCGCCAGCGUCCGUCAUCCCAGCCCCCCUCCAACAUGGCGGAUAAGAACACCAGGAUCGCCAUCGUCAACCACGACAAGUGCAAGCCUAAAAAAUGCCGUCAGGAGUGCAAGAAGAGCUGCCCGGUGGUCCGCAUGGGUAAGCUGUGCAUCGAGGUGACUCCUCAGAGUAAGAUCGUCUGGAUCUCAGAGUCGCUCUGCAUAGGCUGCGGCAUCUGCAUCAAGAAAUGUCCGUUCGGAGCGCUGUCCAUCGUCAACCUUCCCAGCAACCUGGAGAAAGAAACGACUCACAGAUACUGUGCCAACUCCUUCAAACUGCACAGGCUGCCUAUUCCCAGACCCGGAGAGGUUCUGGGGCUGGUGGGGACCAACGGGAUCGGGAAGUCCACGGCCCUGAAGAUCCUGGCUGGGAAACAGAAACCCAACCUGGGGAAGUUUGAUAACCCUCCAGACUGGCAGGAGAUCCUGACCUACUUCAGAGGUUCUGAGCUGCAGAACUACUUCACCAAAAUCCUGGAGGACGACCUGAGGGCCAUCGUCAAGCCGCAGUACGUCGACCAGAUCCCAAAAACCGUCAAGGGGUCAGUAGGGGCCAUCCUGAGCAGGAAGGACGACACAGACACUCAGGACAUCAUCUGCGACCAACUAGGCCUCCUCCUCCUCCUCGCUCUCCAGGUGCAGAACCUAUCUGGUGGUGAGCUGCAGAGAGUCGCCCUCACGCUGUGUUUGGGCAAACCGGCCGACGUUUACCUGAUCGACGAGCCGUCUGCCUACCUGGACUCUGAGCAGAGGCUGAUGGCCGCCAGGGUCAUCAAGAGGUACAUCCUUCACGCCAAGAAGACGGCGUUUGUGGUGGAGCACGACUUCAUCAUGGCGACGUAUUUGGCCGACAGAGUCAUCGUGUUCGACGGUAUUCCCUCCAAGAAGACGUCGGCUAACACGCCCCAGAGUCUUCUGGCCGGGAUGAACCGCUUCCUGUCGCUGCUGGAGAUCACGUUCAGGAGAGACCCGAACAACUUCAGGCCGAGGAUCAACAAGCUCAACUCCAUCAAGGACACGGAGCAGAAGAAGAGCGGGAACUAUUUCUUCCUGGACGACUAAAGCCGCCGUCCGGCGUGACUCGACUGCGGCCUCCCCGGCUGCGGGCGGUCGCCCCCGGCAACGAGUGGCCUCCACGUUUACAGCCGGGCCGCGUUUCACCCCCAACGUGACAAAAAAACACAAACAUAAGAAUCGACGAAARCAAAACGCCUUUCUGUACAGAGCUGCGUUCAAUGUCCAGCCAUGUUGUGACGCGUCUGAUGAUGAAGUGCUGUGUGGCGUCGGCCCGACCGUGUGGGCGGAGCCAAUCAGGAACAUUCAGCAGCGUAUUUUAUCACUCAUGCAUUUACAAGUCAUAAUAAACAGACGCC